UGUUUCAUGUUUGUCGAAUUUGUGAGGAUUUGAUUCGAGUGCAGAGAGAAUAUAUAUAUAUAUACGUUUCCAAUGAAUUCUAGGUGCUUCCUUCCACAAGAGUCCUUAUUCAUCAACUCUGGCAGCAUGGCUUCAUUUUCUUCAAAUUCUGCAGCUGCAGCAGCAGAAGAUAGCAGGGUGAAUAGUACCAGAAACCGGCCUCUUCCACGUGCCUCCCCGCCUUCGUUUUUGGUUCAGACGGCGAUGAGGGUAUCGAGAGCAAGAUGGUUUACCUUCUUGAGAAGAGUGUUCCAUUACCAAAAUGGAUCAAGGUCAAACCUUGGCUCUAAUCCUUUCAAUACUAGAACAUGGAUGAUGAUGGAGUUUAUAGCUUUAGUGGUUCAGAUAAUCACUAUAACAUUCACUUUGGCUAUUUCAAAAAAGGAGAGGCCUGUUUGGCCUAUGAGGAUUUGGUCAGCUGGUUAUGAUAUUGGUUGUUUUCUUAAUCUGCUUCUACUUUAUGGCCGGUACCGGCAAAUUUGUGCAACUCAAGGAGAUGUUCUUAGCUUUUCUGAUAUUGAACAGCAGAGAAACAAUGAAGAAACCAGUGUAUACAGGAUUUCCCAUUUGAUGAACAAGUGCAGGACUUCACUUGAGCUUUUCUUUGCAAUUUGGUUUGUGAUGGGAAAUGUUUGGGUCUUCGACUCGCGUUUUGGAUCCUUGCCUCUAGCUAGCAGGCUCCUUGGCUACAACAUGAACAUGGGAUCUUCGGACAAAGGAGCAUCUGAUGAUCAAAUCUCACAACUUCCAAGUUGGAGAUACAAAGAAUCACAUACAAAGUUAGAGUUAGGCAACAAGGAUUUCGAAGGCAGCGAGAAGUUGAUCAACGAGGACUCA